AUAUUAAUUAUCUGAAGUCCUUAUAAGUAUAAAAUUUUCAAAUUUAUCCGUGAAACAAGUACAGUUUCUUUGUUAACUUCUUUCUACAGUCAUAUACAAUCCUGCUUGUUUCGAAGAUUACUCAUUACUAACGUCAUGUGUGAAAUAUGUACGAGUGUAAUGUACGAUACCACACCCGUAAAUAUUCCUCAACGUGUUGAUAUUUACCGUAUUUAUUUAGUUUAUAGAGGCUCAUAAUCAUUCUUGAUCAAGUAAAAAAUGAUAAAAAAUCAAAGAUAUUAUUAUUACUUUUUAAUAAUCGAAAGAAAUAUAAUUGAUUACAGAGUUAACCUUAUAUAGUGACAUCAUUCGUUUAUUGAUUCAAAUGUAAACUAUCCGAAAAUAACAUUUUGUUAAUAUCUUAGAAGUAGUGACAUUAAUAAACAUUAAAUCAUAGACACAGUGUUAAAAUUACAUUACAAUAUACAAUGAUAAUAUUAUCCGUCCUUUUUUAUUUCUGUAAUAAUGUACUUAGUCAAAAAUAUGAGGGUUGUUUUCAAAGUUCUGUAUCAGAUCCUGAUUUACCAACUUUAAUAUUAAAUCAUGCUAGCAUGCCAACAGAAUGUAUCAAGGAAUGCCAUUCACGAUAUUACAUGUUUGCUGGAUUAAUGAAUGGACAGCAAUGUUUUUGUGGUAGUAAAUAUGGUAGAAAAGGUUUAUCUAAUUCAUGUGUGGAUCCUUGUCCUACUGAUCCAAGUAAUUAUUGUGGUAGUCAAGAAGCCAUGAGUAUUUAUUCAACUGGACAAAAAGGUCCUAGUCCACCAAGAAGUGCUCAAAUAACUCACAAUGGGCAUAAUAAUUUGCAAAUAACGUGGGAACCACCUAACAUAACUAAUGGGAAUAUUACCUCUUAUAUUUUAAAGGCAAUAGUUAUCCAAACAUUUUCAUCAAACCCAUUACCACCUAUAGAAAGUCAAAUACAAGGCGGUGCUUCAAACAGCACUAUUUUACAAAAUCUGCAGCCAGGCACAAAAUAUAAUAUAUCAAUUAUUGCCACAAAUACUGAAGCAAAUAGUGAACCUGCAUAUAUUUCAGGAUGGACACUAAUAGGUCCUCCUAAUAAACCAAAAACACCGAAAAUAAUAGAACGAACAAGUACUACUGUAACUGUUUUAUUAUCAGAAGGCAGUAGUGAAUCUGGACCUAUUAGUGCAUAUCAAGUAUUUGUUGUUCAACCUGGUAUAAUACCUCCAUUAGGUCCUAAUAUCACAUAUUAUAAUUAUAAAAAAUCAAUACAGCAAGGUUUAGGAUACUAUAUUACUGGAGAAUUUGACUCCUCAGAAUUCUAUAAAUAUAAAGUAUUUGUUGUUGGAGAUGGUAAAAUGAUUGGAGAAUAUUAUAAUGCGCCUCUAAGUUCUGAAAUGAUUCCUCAAAUAGGUUUAGCAGUAGUUUCUAGAUUUCAAAGAGAAAUACAGUUUGCUUACUCAAAUUUAAUUAAUAAUUUGAUAAGUAAUGAAAACAAGAACAAUGAAAUGGAUUCAAUAACAAUUACACUUUGUAUUGCAAUUGGUCUUUUAGGAGCAUUACUUAUAGCAUUAAUCAUAUUGUAUUUUGUAUUGCGACAACGUCAUGAAAAAUUCCGUAUGAGAAAACUUCCAGAACAACAAGAGCUUACAUUACAAGGACCACUAUAUGAAGUUGACAAUUUAGCAUAUAUUCCAGAAGAUGUACCUGAAAGGGUAAAUCAUUACCAAGAACUAAAAAAAAAAGUGUGGACAAUACCGCAAAAUGCGAUGAAAAUUAAUGAUACUAUAAUACGUAGAGGACGAUUUGGUACAGUUCAUACAGGUGUAGUUGAAAAAGAUGGAAAAUCUUAUACUGUAUCAAUUCAUAACAUAGCUGACAAGUUAUUAAAAGCAUCGGAUAAAAGAAAAAUGUUGCGAGAGUUAGAUGUUUGUAUUAGAGCAUCUCCUAUGAAAUAUCUUGCAGACCUUGUGGGAACUUGUGAAACACAUGAUACAUUAUAUGUCGUACUAGAAUUACCACUUCAAACGUUAAAAAGUCGUUUAUUAGCAGCGAGAUCUGGAAAUACAUUUCCAGUUAAUCAAAUGUUACCUAUAGGAUCUAUGAUAGCAUCAGCUUUGCAACAUCUUGAAAAUUAUAAAAUUGUACAUGAACAUCUUUGUGCACGAAGUGUAGGCCUUUGCAAUGAUUGGACACCUAAGUUAAUGGGUCAUGGAAUUGCUAAAUAUGCAUUGGAAGAUAUAAAAUAUACUCGAUGGACUGCCGUUGAGUGUUUUGAUAAUGGAAAAAAACAUCAACCUGGAGUUGUUUGGUCUUUUGGUGUACUUCUAUGGGAAAUGUUUAGUAUGGGUGGAACACCAUAUUCUAAUAUUUUACUUGACAAUGAAGUAGAAGAGGCAGUUGGAGGAGGAGCUAGGCUACCACAAUUACAAGAUACUCCUGACCCACUUUAUGAAGUUAUGUCAUCUUGUUGGCAAAUUGAAACUCAAGAAAGACCCACAUUUUCAGAACUUACAAGAUUGGAAACUUUGAGCAUUUGUCCAAUCACAACAAUAACAGAACCAUAUAUCCCAGAACUAGAAUUAAACUAAUGUUCAUAACAACAACAAUUUGUACUUUUAUUGCAUUUAUGUGAUGUUCGUUGUACACUGUACAUAAUAAUCUUUUAAGUACUUUUAAAUUCUACUUUUAGAUAGUCUGUGCAGUUACCAUUUUAUAUAAACUACAGUACACAAGAUUUUAUAUUACUUUCUUUCAGAUUUUAGGUUUUUUA